ACUUUGUUAUUAUGUUUGUGUUAUUGUAUAAGAUCGCUCUCUGUACUUUGUGACACUCACUUGCAAAAGAAGCAACGAACUGAGGAUAAAACACGUCCGGCCAUGUUGGAUUUUGAUGUUUUCGAUUGUCCUGUUUGCUUUGAGCCACUUACUAUUCCUAUCUUCCAGUGUGAUAAUGGACAUUUGGCUUGCUCUUCUUUCUGUACCAAACUGAGAAGCAAGUGCCCUUCAUGUGCUUUAACUAUUGGCCGCAUACGUUGUAGAGCAAUGGAGAGUGUUCUUGAAUCGAUCUUGAUCCCAUGCCCAAACGCCACGUUCGGUUGCACCAAGAAGGUCUCUUAUGGGAAAGAAUCAACUCAUGUAAACGAAUGCGUCUUCUCUCAAUGCUCCUGCCCUGUCCCAGGCUGCAAUUAUAAUGGCUCAUCCAAAGAUCUCUUUUUUCACUAUAAUUUAUCUUCCCACCCGCUUGAAUACAUCAACGUACCUCUCAAAUGUGACACAAGUUUUAGUUUCCGGAUGGCAAUCAGCAAUAAGAUAUUAAUUAAAAGGGAACUUAUGAUGGAACUAGUGUUUGUAGUGCAGUGUUUUAAGGAGCCGUACGGUGUGUAUGUAACCAUAAGAUGCAUUGCACCAUCUGCUCCAGAAAUAGGAAAGUUCUCAUAUCAUCUCUCUUACACUGUGGAUAGAUACAAUAUGACUUUUACAUCACCAGAGGUGAAGAGGGUUCUUGAAGUGAGUCUUGAAACCCCUCGAGAGGAUUUCAUGUUGAUCCCUAACAGUUUCUUGCGUGGACAAAUGUUGUACAUGAAGGUUUGCAUCAAGGAGCUGAAGCAAGAGUAA